AUGACGAAUCCACAGCAUCAGUGCCAUGGGGUCCUUGCGCAAGCCAUUUGUGACGCGGACCCGGCUGCGCAAAUUUCGCCAGAACUAGUCCAUCAUUUGGCGACCAGAUUAGAACCGCUCUUCAACCAAAGGGUUGCUGUUUUCGGCCGGGAAAGCAAAGCUCAAGAAUUGGUGCCGCAGCUUGUUGCUUGCCCUGGGUGCGGAGGACGACUUGCUGAAUGUCGGAGCUCCGCUGCUGCAGCUAUCGUCGUAGAUCUGUCGGGUUUGGUCCAGAAACAACACAUUCCACUGAGAUGUCGGCGAUCCUCCUGUCCAGACUUUGGUGUGCUGCUGUGGUACAACUAUACCGUGCGGAGUGGGUGCCAUCAUUUUGCAGGAGAGCUACCUGAGUUGAACUGCUUCAUGUUGUCCGCCACCUUCGGCUUCAGUGUCCCCUGGUUGCAGCAGUUUCACGUACGCAUGGUGAGGCAACAUGCGUCUUUCACAAGUGAAGCAGAUGUGCUCGGCGCGCAGGCAGCUUACAAUUCCCAGCUCCAUCUCUUACCAACAGCUCGAUUGCGGCUUCUCAUUAGCCAGGGGUGGUUUGCUUGGCGUCUCCUCACCCGGGUGCACCAAAGCAAUUUGGACCUAGCAUCUUUUGAUUUCUUGCGGCCCAUGGAGGACAUGAUUGGCUUAUUCUUGCCGCAGUUGCAAAGAGAAUUUGGCAGGACUACCUUGGAGGAAGCCCAAAAAGCCACGAUGCGCUGUGACGUUGUUGUGCUCGAUGGCAAUGCAAAAAAUCGUCGAGCUGUUUGCGGAGCCUCAUUGGCCGGAGAAACUUUUUCCAAGGAAUUGCGCCGGGUGGUCCGCCACAACUGUGCCAAUACUCCCGCUUUUCGGAGAUGCUUCUGUCCCGCCCAUUGCAGUCAAGAUGAUCAAUUCCAGGAAGUGACCAUUCUUCAGCACAAGCUCAUCAAUGACGGACAGUGCUUGAUGGUCUUGCUGAAAGAGACUGUGGAGCCUCAAAGAGAAGCUUGGGUAUCCGAUUCUGCAGUUCCAGCGUCUGUCCUGUCCAACUAUUUGCAGCAAGUGGGCGAGGCGAAGUUGAAACCCAGCAAACGCCCACGGCGAGAAGAGGAGGCAGACGGCAGAGGCGGCUCUUCCUCAUCGCUUGGACCUUCGAUGCUUGCGAGUUUAACGUUGCAAGAGAUUGGGCGCUCAUCCGACCCAACAGAUUUGCAGUGCGUGACUUGCUGCACACACAAGGAAGGCAGCGCUGCUCAAAGGCAGCUUGCCAAAUCUGCUGGAAUGUUGUGCGCGUGUUUGUCUGAGGGUUUGAUUUUGCACGUGCAAGAAAUCUACGGCUGUGAGUCGUUGAGCCAGAGAUACCUAUGUCUGGCGUCUGUGAAAGCCCUCUCGCCGUCCCUUCGCGUGGUGGUCCACGAUGAUGCUUGCCAUUUGCACAAGUACGAUUCAGAAGCUGCUGCCCAGAUAGCCCCGCCAGAGAUGAAGUACGUGUGCGACAAGUUCCACAUGGCUGGCCAUACCGAUGCUUGGUGUAAAGAGACGUUUCUGGGGCCCUUGUCUGGAGCCCACGAAGACAGACAGUACAUCCCUGCCAUGAAUUUGAUGUGGGAUGAAGUGGACAAGUGCUUCGACCCAAGCUACAUCCUUGGAGAAGCUGGGCACCGCUUCUGCCAAACAUACGCUGUUAGGGCAGCCCAUGCAGAAUUUCCUUACGCCCUCCACUGCUUGUCGCUGAUGUGUGCUCUUGUGAACGGUGCCAAAGUGGCUGUCUUUGCUACCUCGCCAUCGCCUUUGACGUUGGUUGCAAUUAAUGUCAACUACGCCCAGACGAGAAAAUCAUCCUUGACAGGACAUGCAGAGGCUUGUGGGCAGGAGUUGGACGCAGUCAUCUUGACGAACGCGGAGUCCAAGCUGGCGACAUAUUGUGUGGAAGAAGGCGCUCCUGCGCCAGUGCAGCACAGGUUGAAGCCGAAGCUAUUCUCCGCAAUGGUUGCCAGCGCAACACCUGAGGAGUGGUUCCAUCGAUGCUCGGGCGAUUGGAACCAGGUCCGAAAUGCUGACAAGUUGCCCGGAGACUGGUCUGGCCGAUGCUGGUUUGGCUUGCUGGGGAAUUUUGAUGAGGCCUACGACUUCCUGCUCAGCUUGGGUCUCUUGUCCGAUGGGCCUGCAUCCAAGGAGAAAGCCAAGGCAAGGGUGAACCCGUACCAGAGUGCCUUCAACAAGCUCUUGCAGUUUGGAACCAGCGCUCGCGCCACGAAAACGAAUGGGAGCUAUGGAGAGAAGCUUGCUAGAACCGUUAGCAUGGGGAUCACUUGCAAUAUGCACCCUGCGCAAUACAUCCCUAUGGAAAGAGGUGAGGUUGGUUGCCACGCAGCUUCCACCAAAGAACGGUUUGUCAUCUCCACUGGCCGCCCUGUGCAGCCGCGUGAAGACAUGCCGGCAGAUUUCUGUUGCCCUCCAGGACAGGUGUUCUGCGCGAUGGGUGUUGUGUUAAAGCGUUUUGGAUUCUGUAAAAUCUGCUCACAUUCUUUGCUGGAUUUGCUUAGCGCAGGAGUUUCCCGGCACCGAUGGGUUCCUCUCACAGCCGAAAUUGCGGCACUGCUGGGCAUAGCCAAAGAGGCUGCUUCGCCAGAUGCCGCUGCUCAGGAGUGGAAAGACGUUGGCCUUGAAGAUGAAAAAGCAGUGCAGCUCACCCAGAAUGCAGCGGGCGACUAUGUCCCAUCAGAAGAUGGGUACCCUGUGAGGCUCUUGGAUGGCAAGAUGAGCCGCCUACGGUUCAAACGUUCUCCUGCGUCGACGUCUGGGUUUGAAGCUCAGUGGCGCGUUGCCAACAGAAGCUUUGCCAUUCCAGCAGAGUGCUCCCUGACGGCCGCUGUCUCCCGAGUCACUGCCUACUUCGACCAACCUCACCAAGUCAUUGCCCUCACUCCGGAGGCGGAGUCUUGGCACAUGUCCUACCAAGGUGGAAUGAAUGCGCAAGCCCAUCUGUCUCGCGAAUCAGGGGAUGUUCAGGGUGGCGCUCGCUUUGGAGCCGCUCCGUGGCAAGUGGGAGUUUUGGCGGCUUUGCUCCUGGUGUUUGAAAUCUUUGUGGGUGCGCACAGUGUUGAAGCUCUUGGACGGAGGGAUUUGCAGGUCACUCCAGAUCAUUGCCAAAGGGCCUAUGCUCUGCUCCAAUUGGUCCAGAAGCUGAAGCAUAUUGCUUUGGGAGAUGCUGCCGCUAGCCCAGACCAUUUUCCGCAGCAGCCAAGUCCGCAACCUGCUUUCGAUUUGGCAACUUUGCGUGUUCCUUAUCAGACGGAAGAUUUUGCUUCGACCCAGCAUGGUCCCGGACUUCGACUUCCCCAAGCUGGCGAGGAAGAAGAAUUUGAACUUGAACCUGAAGAAGAAGAUGCGGAACCUGGGCCCAACUCGCUUGAAAGGCCUCCAGACAGCGUGGCCGAAGUCGUGGAGGACCUACCGCCCCAAGAUCCACCCGCAGGCGAAAAGCCGCUGGUUCUUGAUGAAGUGCGGGCAAGUGAUUUUGGUUUUGGCGAGAAUGGCGUCACAGUCCAGCCUGACGGUCUCUUCAGCCGUCACUGGACAGACCGGGCAAUCCUGAAGCACACCUUGCUGACCGGCAAGCCAAAGAUGACUCGCAAAGAAGCGUGUGACAAAAUGCGCACCAGCAGGGAGCAGGGCCGCCGCAAAGCGCUUCCGAAAGAGAAAUGGACAGCGGUCAUGGCGGCAGCCGCAGAGCAGCAUUCCAGCAUCCUUCAGCUCCAGGGUGAGACUUUGUGUUUGAAAGUGAUCCCAGACACAGCGCAGGGCAAGGUGAAGUACCACAAUGAAUUGAUGAGGGCUUGUGGGCUGACUUUGCGGGAGCUGGUGGCCGCCAUGGAGAAAGCAUCCAGCAACCAGGAAAGGAAGCGCCAGGAAGAUCGGCGCAAACGGCCCAGAGAUGAGGAGUGA